AUGCGAUUGCUGCAUACAACCAAUUUCGAGUUUCGGGAGUCGUACGACGAAGAGUGGCUAUUUGGUCGGAGUGACACUCGCUGGUGGCUACGUAUCAGCUUGGACCGUGACAGUUGGGAAGAUGAGGGCUGGAACUGGACAGAGCCUGCGGCCAGCUAUGCCAUCCUUUCGCACACAUGGGGAGAAAAGGAAGUUUCAUUCAAGGAUUUUAACAAGAAACGGCGAUUGUACACGUCGGGCAUUGAAUUCCAGCACGCUUUUCAGAAUGAAAAGACCAAGGAGCCUGGAUUCUGGAAGAUCGUCCAGGCAUGCUUACUUGCAUGGAAGCAGGACCAACAAUGGAUCUGGAUCGACACUUGUUGUAUAGACAAGCGCAGCAGCUCGGAGCUUAGUGAAGCGAUCAACAGUAUGAUGGCAUGGUACAGUAAGGCUACGGUGUGUUACGCGUACCUGGCCGAUGUAAUAUACCAUGAUAAGAUGCACGAGUCCAGGUGGCACACACGAGGCUGGUGUCUCCAGGAGCUACUUGCGCCGCGGAUGAUGUACUUCUUCGACCACGACUGGAAUGAGAUAGGCGAGAGAGGUGACCUGCGAACAGCUAUCGUCGAUGCGACUGGGAUUGAUGAGAAAUUUCUCCCAGCUCCUGGUCAAGACAGGUCAUUCCCCUGGAGGCGUGCUUGUAUUGCGAACAAAAUGAGCUGGAUGGCAAGGAGGCGUACUACGAGAGUCGAAGAUAUGGCCUAUUGCAUAUUAGGAAUCUUCGGUAUCAACAUGCCACUCCUUUACGGCGAGGGACAGAAGGCUUUCCAUCGCUUGCAGCUCGAGAUACUCCGUCAAAGCGAUGACGAAUCUCUAUUCGCUUGGAAUCCUUACACAGAUUACAGCUACUACGGCCUUUUGGCGCCCCAUGUCCACCUUUUCCGACUUGGGGGGUCUAUCCAGAGCGGGCGACAAUUCGGCCCGUUCGCAGUCAACAGGAGGCCCUACCAGAUGACAAAUAGAGGACUAGAGUUCACUUUCCUGAGAGGCAUGCCAGUAGGCGGAUCAGAUUCUUCGGCAACGGAAGGAGAGUUGUCUGUUGAAGUUGGACUGGACUGUUAUAGGUUGAAGUCACCAGAAAAUCGUGAUGUCCAAUCUGUAGAUCACAGGAAUUGUGCGGAUCAAAGCAACUUCGAUCGAGUAUUCAUCACGAUCGACAAAAGUCCGGGCUAUCCAUGGCAUCGAAAUCAUGAUCACAUACAUACCCACGGUGUUGACUAUCCAUUGGGUUGGGUCAAGGGUGAACCAUAUCCAGAAGAGCAGGGUAGAGGUCAGCAGACAACUGUAUACAUCAGAGGCGAGUAUGAAUGA